AUGAAUUGUGGCAAAACCUUUCAUCGCCAUGCUCAUUUGACUGUCCAUGCCAAAAUUCACUCAGGAGAGAGACCUUUUCCGUGUAUGGAAUGUGGCAAAACCUUUUCCCGGUCAGAUCACCUCGUUAAACAUAGACGCAUUCACACAGGAGAGAGACCCUAUGAAUGUCACGAAUGUGGGAAAGCGUUUUUAGAAUCCAGUCACCUCAUGAGGCACAGUAGAACUCACCGAGGAGAGAGACCUUACGAAUGCAAGGAAUGUACAAAGACCUUCCGUCACCUUGCCCGUCUUACUAUCCACGCAAGAAUGCACACAGGAGAAAAGCCUUAUGUCUGUACGGAGUGUGGGAAAACCUUCCCACGCUCAACCUCUCUCACGGAACACAGAAAAAUUCACACAGGAGAGAAACCCUAUGAAUGUCAAGAAUGUGGAAAAACAUUCUUACGAUCAGGAGACCUCACCGUCCAUACCAGAGUUCACACAGGAGAGAGACCUUACGCAUGUCAGGACUGUGGGAAAACAUUUUCGCAGUCAAGUCAGGUCACCGUCCAUAGACGAAUCCACACCGGAGAGAGACUCUAUGAAUGUGACAAAUGCGGGAAAACCUUCUAUGACCCCGGCAGCCUCGGAAAACACCGAAGAACUCACACAGGAGAGAGACCUUAUCAGUGCACGGAAUGUGGCAAAAAGUUUGGUGACCCUGGCAACCUCGGUAAACAUAGAAGAAUUCACACAGGCGAGAGACCGUACACAUGUGUGGACUGUGGGAAAACCUUCUCACAGUCAAGUCAUCUCGCUAGCCAUAGAAGAAUCCACACCGGAGAGAGACCUUACGCGUGUCACGACUGUGGGAAGACAUUUCUGCAGUCAGGUGAGCUCAGAAAACAUCGACGAGUUCACACAGGAGAGAAACCUUAUGAAUGUAAGGAAUGUGGGAAAGCCUUCUCACGACUUUUCAGCCUCAGUGUGCAUCGCAGAGUUCACACAGGAGAGAGACCUUAUGCAUGUGAGGACUGUGGGAGAUCUUUUUCCCGGGUGGAUAGGCUAUCUCUGCAUGCCAGAAUUCACACGGGCGACAGACCUUAUGAAUGUAAGGAGUGUGGGAAAACAUUUCCUUGGCCUUCCAGCCUCAGUGUCCACGCAUUUUCACGAGGCACCGGAAGUAGCGGCAGCCGGAAGAGGAAGCGCCCUGAUAGACGCGCGGUUCGCUGUUACUGCCGCUCUGGCGCCGAUUUCACUUUGCUCGCAACGUUUAUCGUGAGUAGCAAUCGACUGACCGCAGAUUCCGAGGCCGAGGCGCCUCUUUCCACCGUCCGAUCGUGUCCAGUGUGUCCGGAAACACGGCCUUUCCUCUCCUCCGCAAGCCGCCGCCGCUUUCCUCCCUUCCCGCCCCUGCGGCACCAGCUGCCCACUGUCCGGAGCGGCCCUGUGCGUGUCUCGGCCGCGUCCACGGGCCCAAAAGCACCACUGUUCCUGGAGGACGUGGUCAUCUUCCUCACCCAGGAAGAGUGGGCUUUGCUGAAUGUCCCUCAGAAGAAACUACAGGGAGGUGAUGAUGGUCACAAUGAGAACCCUGGACUUUAUCGAAGUGACCUGUGUGAAGAGAUGGUGGACACCACCCUGGGGAAACCUUCCUCAGAAUUCCACAUCUUCCCUGUUGGCAAAGCAGUGCUGUGGAGGUGA